CGCAGCUGGCAGCGCCUCUCACCCAGUCGCAGAAUGAGGCUCACAGUACUACUUUGCGUCUUCGCAGCCUGCGGGCUGUCGAGGGCCAGCCGAUUGCCUCGGGCCAGUGGCGAUGACGCCAAGUAUACUCUGCCGGAGGGAUUCCUCUUGGGCGCAGCCACCAGUGCCUACCAGAUUGAGGGCGCUUGGAAUGAGGACGGAAAGGGUCUAAAUGUUUUCGACGUCGCCUACCACACCGCGAACAUGACGGUCAACGGCGACGUGGCGUGUGACUUCUACCAUCGCUACAAGGAAGACAUUGCAAUAGCCAAGGAGAUUGGCUUUAACGUGUUUCGAAUGUCUAUUUCUUGGACGAGAAUUUUUCCAAAAGCGAGGAAUACGGAAAUCAACGAGUUAGGCGUCCAGUUCUAUCACAAAGUCAUCGACACGUUACUUGCGAAUAACAUUCAACCCUUCGUGACUCUAUUCCACUUCGAUACUCCACAAGCCGUGCAGGACGAAGAUAACGGGUGGCUGGGUGAUACUGUAUCAGACCUCUUCGCGGACUACGCAGAAUUUGUUUUCCAAACUUACGGCAAUAAGGUGAAGUACUGGCAGACUGUGAAUGAGCCAUCCUUUUAUUGCGAUUAUCUGGGAUCAGGCUUUCUGGGACCAGCUUUCGCUGUGACCAUUGAGGAGAAGAACAAGUGCCUGAAAAACAUGCUUUUCUCCCACGCCAAGGCGCACAAAAUCUAUGAAACUAAGUACAAGUCAUCGCAGAAAGGUAUGAUAGGCUUUAGUGCCGGUCCCAUAUUCGCCAGAGCAAAAGAUCCCUCUUCGUCGGAUGAUAUCGAGGCCGCAGUAAAGAUGAACGAACUCUCUGGCAUCGGCCUCACUGUGGACCCCUUCGUCUUUGGUGAUUUCUCUGAGCGAGUCAAGGCGUCCAGGGGCAUUUCCUUCACUGACGAAGAGAAGGAACUCGUUAAAGGGCGUGUUGACUUCCUGGCUAUCAACAUGUACGGUGGUCGGAGUGUGAAUGCCUCCGACGUCAGUGCAGAUGCAAGACUCGCUGGCAACGCCCCAGACGGUUUCGGCGACCACAACAGUGCAUGGGUGCUCCGUGAGAUGCCCAAGUGGGUCAAGGCGCGGUACGACAACGUGAAGCAGCUCCCCAUAUUCAUCUCAGAGAACGGCUUGCAAACGCAGGACGAUUCCCCACUGAACGACUGGGACACCCGCGCUGUGUAUUGCAGUGCAUUUCUACGUGAGAUGGCGGCAGGGAUCAACGAAGACGGGACCAGAGUGUUCGGAUACACAUUGUGGAGCUUGAUGGACACAUUCGAGUUCCACGGAUUUGCGCACUGGGGCGUGGUCCACGUCGAUUAUGCUGGCGGCUCUCUGAAGCGCACGAAGAAGGCCUCCUGGACGUUCUUCCACAGGGUGAUGAAGACUCGGCUUGUGCCGCUCGUCGAAGCUGGUUCUACUCCUUUUCCGUCUAGUUCGGCUGGCUUCCAAGGCUCUAUUGUCCUGUCAGCAAUUGCGUUUCUGCUGGCUACGUGGUUUCAAUAAAUGUAAUGUGGCAUA